AUGGAGAGGCAUUUCCUACUCGAUACGGCCCUCAUUCCAGCAUACUCCAGUAUCGUUUCAAUCGUUCUCUUACCAAUCAUGGCCUAUUGGAAGGCACGAAAACAAAAGAACAGACCUGAACGCCUCGAAAAGUACGGAGGGAUCGUCAAAUUGUGGCUUGAAUGGCUUCGAGUCGUUCUCUCGGUGGUGCUCGUGUGCCUUGCUUCUGCGAAGAACCUCAGUUUUAACGUCCCGGACCUUCAUAUUAUGUACAUUCUCCUGCUUUCAGUGAUGGCUGUCGCCUCGCCGCAAUGGAAUGCACUGGUCACGAAGCAUGUCGACAUUUUGCUUUUAGUGACCGUGAUGGUCUACACAUACCGGGAUGUUUUCCCACUGGCAACGUUUACUCUGGAACCACAAGACAGGGCGGAAGGACCCCUGCUGUGGUGGAAGAUUGGGGUAGUCGCCGUAGCGUCCGCCUUACCUCUCGUUAUGACGCGUCGGUACACGCCUGUAGACCCCAACAAUCCGUCGGAUGAGCCUAAUCCAGAGCAGACGGCGAGCCCGAUAAGCAUGCUCUUUUUCUUCUUCAUAGAUCCUGUUAUUUUUGCGGCGUCUCGUGUCUCUCAUCUCCCAGCCGACCAAUUGCCACCUUUGGCUGAUUAUGAUGCUGCAAAGCAUCUGCGCGAGAAGAUUCGUGAGCACGUACCUAGCUUCAACCCACCAGAUGAGAUAACCUCAGGCAACAAACCAAGGCACAUCUUCUGGAGUCUUCUCAAGCUAGGCGGGUCGGACUGUAUUGGAAUGCUCAUCACUGCUGCACUCAAAUCACUCGCAAAGUUCGUUGUACCGCUUGCCCUGAAUCACCUUCUGAGAUUCCUCGAAAAUGACGGAGAGCCAGGUCCGAUCCGUCCAUGGUUUUGGAUUGCUAUGCUUUUCAUUGGCCCCACUGUUGCAUCCACCUCGGUGGAGAGGUACAUGUUUCUAUCGGACCGCCUCCUCACCCGUAUCGAAAGCGUCAUUUGUCAAGCAGUAUUCUCCCAUGCCUUGCGGAUGCGGAUGAAAUCGGAGGUGUCCAGAACCGAAACAGAGGGGUCAACGUCGGAGCAACCAGGAAAACCUUCCACCUCGCUCGUCGGAAAGAUCAACAACUUGGUCACUACCGACGUGAACAACCUUCUAGAUGCGCAUCUCAUAAUCUUCAUGUCUAUGUCGAUACCUUUGCAACUAGGCGUCAGCCUGUUGUUCCUGUACAGCAAUCUCGGAUGGAGCGCACUCGUUUCGUUCGGCGUGACGCUUUUAUUCUUACCUAUCCCUGGAUUCCUCGCAAAUAUGAUGCAGAAAAUUCAAAGGGAGAGGAUGAAGAGGACUGAUGAACGGAUUCAGCUGGUCACCGAGACUACAAAAGUCAUUCGAAUGGUCAAGCUUUUUGGCUGGGAAGCCAAAAUGAGCGAAAGGAUCGCCGAAAAGAGAGCGGAAGAGCUGAAGUGGAUAAAGAGACACCGCUACGUGCAGGUUAUCGCGAAGGUUGUGAACUUUCUGAUUCCAGUGGUCACGAUGAUGUCGUGUUAUUUUACCUUCGUUCGUUUCCCGCUCUUUACCGUAAUCAUGAAGGGAGACCUCAAACCCUCCAUCGUGUUCAGUUCAAUAACCAUAUUCGACACCCUCAGGACUCAGUGUGAACUCGUCGUGAGGACUCUUGGCAACUCCGUCGUCGCAAAGGUGUCGUUAGAGAGGAUCAAUGAUUUUUUGACAGAGACCGAACUUCUAGACCAUUUCGACCCGACACCCAAGUCCUACCCAAAUACUCAACCUCCCCAAGAUGACAUAGCGAUCCAUGAAGCCCUGUUCACUUGGUCCACGGAAGUUCAACCGAGUGGCAGCCCCUCCUCUGACAGACGUUUCGUACUCGCGGUCGAUCAAGAGACACUUACAUUCAAGCAAAAUGGUUUCAACUUGAUUGUCGGGCCCACCGGCUCCGGGAAGACGUCCUUGCUUAUGGCCUUGCUCGGUGAGAUGCAUUAUAUACCUGUAGCGCAAGACUCGUAUGUGAGCUUGCCCCGAGCCGGUGGUGUCGCUUAUGCAGCACAGGAAGCGUGGGUUUUGAACGAGACGAUACGGGAAAACAUCAUCUUCGGAAGCGCCUUCGAUUCCGCUCGAUACAAGAAGGUCUUGCACCAGUGUGCACUCAAUAGGGAUCUCACUCUGUUUGAGGCGGGAGAUCAGACUGAGGUUGGUGAGAAAGGUAUUACGCUUUCGGGUGGGCAGAAGGCCAGAAUCACACUUGCGAGAGCCGUGUACUCGGAAGCGGAGGUACUUUUAUUGGAUGAUGUGCUUGCUGCGCUUGAUGUCCAUACCGCGAAGUGGAUAGUUGAGAAGUGUUUCAAAGGUGAUCUGAUCAAGGGGAGGACGGUUCUGCUCGUUACACACAAUAUCCUCCUUGUUGCACCCCUCACCGACUUUGCCGUCUCGGUCAAGGAUGGAAAGAUUACGUCUCAAGGGGCCCUGGAUGCCGCUUUGAACACAGUCGAAGCUCUAGCUGACGAAGGGCAAGAACAAGUAGGGGAAUUGAAGGACGGACUUGAAGAGCAAGUGGCUGAGACGGACGGGCCCGAUAAUAAACCUGAAGCUACGGCGAAAGGGCAGUUGAUCGUUGCGGAAGAAGUUCAGAUUGGAAGGGUCGGCGCUUCAGCUGCCAAACUGUACGCUUCCGCCUUCGGUGGCAGCCAUCCGCUCGGUACUAUUAGCACAUACCUCGCCGGGCUCCUGGCGAUGGGGGCGUUGGAUGUUGGACAGACGUGGUACCUGGGCUAUUGGGCUCAGCAGUAUGAGGUGAUGCCUAUCUCGGAUGUUCCUGUCUUCAGGCAUUUGGGCACCUAUGGGCUUCUACUAUUGGCUGCGGCUGUGGUAACUGCCGCCACGUACACUUUCUUCGCUCUUUCCGCCGUUCGAGCAUCCAGGACGAUACACAUGCGUCUGAUUCAGUCCAUUCUCACUACCACCCUUAGAUGGCUAGAUACCACGCCCGUAUCUCGGAUCAUUGCUCGCUGCACUGGAGAUGUCAAUGCAGUGGACAUGCAGAUACCGAAUUAUAUUGAGCACUUCGCCACUUUAGCGUUGAAGAUGUUCACUCAACUGGUGGCCCUUGUGUUUUACAACCGGACCUUCAUUCUUCCUGCUUUGGUGUUGAUGGUGAUAGGCAAAUGGCUUGGGGAUGUAUGGGCAAGGGCAGUGAGGUGUAUCCGCAGGGAACAGUCGAACUCCAAGGCGCCAGUUCUUGCUCAAUUCGAUGGCGCAAUCUCUGGGAUCGUCUCCAUUCGUGCCUACGGCGUACAAGAAUCAGUCGAGGCGGAACUUCGCCGCCGUGUAGACGAGAACGUCAGGACUACUCGAGCUCUCUUUAGUGCUGAGCGAUGGAUGCCUUUGCGAGUAGACGUUCUGGGGGCACUAUUUUCUUCCAGCCUCGCUGCGUACUUGGUCUACUCGCGAAGGGUGGAUGCGUCGACCGCUGGCUUCUCCCUUAAUAUGGCUGUCAGCCUCAGUGGGGCUAUCCUCUACCUCCUCUUUUCCCUUACCGAUCUAGAGAUCCAAGCCAAUAGUCUAGAGCGGAUUGACGGCUACCUCAAUAUCGAGAGGGAACCCGGCGCAUCAUCAACCAUCGAACCUCCGGCAUAUUGGCCCGCGAGCGGAGAACUCAGAGUGGAGAAUCUCUCUGCACGGUACAGCACGGGUGGUCCAAAGGUUUUACAAGACCUCAGCUUCCAGGUGAAGUCUGGCGAACGAAUUGGAGUCGUUGGUCGCACUGGCUCCGGGAAGAGCUCACUCACAUUGUCACUUUUGCGAUGUAUCCAUACCGAGGGCAACGUUUACUACGACGGACUGGAUACAAGUGCUAUCAACCUCGAUGCUUUGAGGUCUAACAUCACAAUCAUACCUCAAAUGCCAGAGCUUCUUAGUGGCACCCUACGUCAAAAUCUCGACCCAUUCGGCCAGCAUGACGAUGCAGCUCUCAACGACGUCUUGCGCGCUUCUGGAUUCUUGGAUCUCCAAGACCAAGACGCUAAAGCCGACAAGCUGACCCUAGAUUCGAGCGUCUCCAGUGGUGGAAGUAAUCUCUCGGUAGGGGAACGUCAGAUUCUCGCUCUCGCGAGAGCGAUCCUCCGAAAGAGCAAACUGUUGAUCCUUGAUGAAGCUACUUCUGCCAUUGAUUACGCUACAGACACGAUUAUUCAAAAAUCACUGCGUACCGAAGUGGGUUCAGACACAACUGUGAUAACAAUAGCACAUCGACUACAGACAAUCAUGGAUGCGGAUCGGAUUAUGGUGCUUGAUGCCGGUCGAAUUGUUGAAUUUGACACACCGGGGGAGCUUCUGACUUGUGAGGGAGGGUUUCUGAAGGCUCUCGUUCAAGAGUCAGCGGACAAGGAUGUCCUGCGUGAGAUGGCCGACAAGGGAACAAGUCGGGAGCGUGAGUUAUAG